AUGGCCAAGCUCAGUUUUCUUCUCUUUUUCACUCUUUCUCUCUUAGUCCUCUCUGCUUCUGCCAGAAAUGUCGCCUCAAAAAAGCUCACAAGCUCUACCUUAGGUCUCGACAAUGGCGUCUUCAAGCCCACAAGGAACUACACCCAUGUCUGUGAUGCUUCAAGGUUUGCAGACCUUGGGCUGGACAUGAAGGACUUUGCCUUCUGCGACUCUUCUCUCUCAUAUGAGAUUAGGGUGGACUACAAGAGGUGGUUGAGCUCAUAUCCGAAGAGACCAACGGGUCAUGAUGUCUUGUUAGUCUAA